GCUAGUUAGUGAUAAUUGUUUCUUUGUCCUAGCAAAACCACAGAUUGUCCUCCCCAAGGCAGUUCAAAGAACAAAAACAUGGCUGUUAGCAAGAAAGAAGAUGGAAGAUGGAGUGAAGUUAAGAUGGAAGGAGAUAAUGGAUUAAGGACGGUGGAGUGCCUGAGAGGAAGGCUCCUUGCAGAGAGACAAGCUUCAAGGGUUGCAAAAGAAGAGGCAGAGUUCAUGGGCAGUAAGUUGGUAGAGCUAAAGAACAGACUCAGAGAAGAGACCAAAUUAAGGAACAGGGCUGAGAAAAGACUGAAAUUUUUGAAGAAGAAGCUUGAGUCCUUAAAAAUAUUGCCUGUUUUGGAAGACUCACAGCAGUCAAGUUCAUCUGCAUUUUCCUGCCAAACAUCUGUGGAAGAAUCUGGAUCCAAUCCCCCAGAAAAACCAGUGGAAAAUGCAUCAGAAACAACUAAAUCUGCCCAAACCCAUGAAUGUUCUUCCAAUGAAGAGAAUGCAGAAUCUCAUUCUCGAUCUGAAUCUGAUACCAAAGAUCUUUCCCAUGAAAAUCCCAAAGAAAUUUUAAGCAAUGAAGAUCCAAAGACUGAUGAUAACAGUGAUUCAAGCUUAAGGUCCUCAACAGAGGUGAUUCGGACGAAGGAUCAUAUAUAUGAUGACCAUGUUGAUGAUUCAUUGGCAUUAGUUCCGGUAACUCCACCUGAGAAAAAUCCUAGCCCGGAGAUUAAGAUGGUUAACAAGAAUGUUGUGGAAGUUCUUGAUAAUCUAAGGCAUAUCAGAGAAAGGAUUCAGAGCACAGUGGAGAGCAGAAGGGUGAUGAUUAGAGUUGGUCCAGCUUGAAUGCUAACUUGUCAACAACAUUGUUGUCAAUUUUAGACAAUAAUAAGAGGAGAGUAAGAUAUAUUAUUAGUGUGUAGGGACAGAGUUUCUACUUCUGCAUACUACAUUCUGUCUGUGUCCAAACAAGAAUUAAGAAAGGACAUGAGCUGGGUUGCAUUAAGUGGAUCGGCUACAGGAAUAAUGUAGGAUGUAGGAACUAGGAAGGUUUGAUAGUUGGUUGUAUUUAUAUAUAUAUAUAUAUAUAUAUAUAUAUAUGUAUGUAUGUAUGUAUAGGAUGGGUAGCUGGAGCUUUUGCUCAAUCAGUCUCACGGGUAUUGCAAAUUGUUUUGUUCACAGAUACAAGGCAAAUCUCCACAUAUUGGUUGUGAGCAUUAUCUCUGGAAAUUUUUUGCAUCGAAAUGGCAAUGGAGGGACUCAAAGCUUGCAUUUCAUUAAGGUCAUCUCAUUCUUAAUACUUCAAUAUUUGGUUGUAUUUAUAUCACUUGUAAGAGUAUUGUUGAUUUUUUUUUUUUUUCUUUUUUGGCCGGAAUAAGAGUAUUGUUGAAUAGAAAAUGAAGUUGUCA